UUUUCAAUCCUUAAGCCGCGCUCUAGCUUGUAGGAACCCUGACAAAACCUUAAACCCUAAUUAUCUCCGACUCGAAGGUCCCCUCCCCGAUAACCAUUAACAUGGCGGAACUCAAGCUCUCCGAAAGCCGAGACUUGACCCGAAUUGAGCGUAUAGGCGCCCACUCCCACAUCCGUGGACUUGGUCUGGACUCCGCUCUGGAACCCCGCGCCGUCUCUGAGGGCAUGGUAGGCCAGACUGCAGCCCGAAAGGCCGCCGGCGUCAUCCUCCAAAUGAUAAAGGAUGGGAAAAUCGCUGGUCGAGCCGUACUUCUGGCUGGACAGCCGGGUACUGGAAAAACCGCAAUUGCAAUGGGCAUGGCGAAAUCGCUAGGACUCGAAACCCCAUUUGCUAUGGUCUCUGGCAGCGAAAUCUUCUCGCUGGAGAUGUCUAAAACCGAAGCCCUAAUGCAAGCUUUUCGAAAAGCAAUCGGCGUAAGAAUUAAAGAAGAAACCGAGAUAAUCGAAGGUGAAGUCGUUGAAGUUCAAAUCGAUAGGCCAGCGGUAAGUGGUGCGGCCUCGAAGACAGGGAAAUUGACACUAAAAACGACAGAAAUGGAGACGGUUUAUGAUUUGGGGGCGAAGAUGAUAGAAGCACUGGGAAAGGAAAAAGUGCAAAGUGGGGAUGUAAUUGCGAUAGAUAAGGCGUCCGGAAAAAUUACAAAGCUCGGGAGGUCAUUUUCACGGUCAAGGGACUACGAUGCCAUGGGGCCACAGGUGAAGUUUGUUCAAUGCCCCGACGGUGAGCUGCAGAAGAGGAAAGAGGUGGUGCAUUGUGUGACGCUUCACGAGAUUGAUGUCAUUAAUAGCAGAACACAAGGGUUUCUGGCUCUCUUCACUGGUGAUACUGGUGAAAUCCGUGCAGAAGUGAGGGAACAAAUUGACACCAAGGUGGCAGAAUGGAGGGAGGAAGGCAAGGCAGAUAUUGUGCCAGGUGUUCUCUUCAUUGAUGAGGUGCACAUGCUUGACAUUGAAUGCUUCUCUUUCCUGAAUCGUGCUCUUGAGAAUGAAAUGGCUCCAAUAUUAGUUGUUGCAACCAACAGAGGGAUCACCACAAUUCGAGGCACAAAUUACAAAUCUCCACAUGGGAUUCCUAUAGAUCUGCUUGAUCGCCUACUAAUUAUCACAACUCAGCCUUAUACGAAGGAUGAAAUUCGCAAGAUUGUGGACAUUCGGUGUCAAGAAGAAGAGGUGGAAACGUCUGAAGAGGCAAAGGCUUUAUUGACGCACAUUGGGGUAGAAACAUCCUUGAGAUAUGCCAUUAAUCUCAUUACUGCUGCUGCAUUGGCAUGCCAGAGGCGCAAGGGAAAACUUGUAGAGAGCGAGGACAUCACUCGAGCUUAUAAUCUGUUUUUGGAUGUGAAGAGAUCAACACAGUACUUGAUCGAGUAUCAGAACCAGUACAUGUUUAAUGAAGCACCAUUAGGGGACGGUGACGAAGAUGAUGCCAGUGCUAUGCUUUCUUGAAGGUAACUUUAGGAGAUUGUGUUAUUGUACUUGUUACCUUAGCGUCAACACAUUGAUCAUGUUACCAUGAUUUCAGGUUUAUUAAGAAGUGUGUCGAUUGUUAUUAGCUCUGUGAUUUCAUUGUGCAGUAACGAAUUUUUGUAUCUUUUCUUAUCUGCUGUAUCAAUCAUAUAUUUGUAUGACAAUUCUGCCAAAGUAGGAAUCGUGUUAUCGGCA